CACCGGUCCUUUCCCCCCAAAACAGGAAGUGGGAACGAUAUCGCAUAGAGUGAAAGCUCUUGCAGUACUCCACUGUCUGGACAAUAUUGAAAGUCUGGCGGAGUCAGUAUUAACGUUAGUGUUUUUACGCAAAGAGAAAUUCAACCAAAUAGAAGAUUGAUGUCAUUUAGUGGAACGCAAAACGGCGGGCGCCGUAGUAAAUGGGACCAGCCGGGCCCAGGUCCUGGUUCAGACCAGAUGGGGGAGGUGGAGGCGGCUCCUACAGGGGCUCUGGACGCUGCAGCUGCUGUGGCAGCUAAGAUCAACGCCAUGCUGGUAGCCAAGGGCAAGCUCAAGCCCUCCCAGAUAGGACCCUCUGGACCAUCUGGACCCCCAGACAAGGUUGUGGGUGCAGGGAAGCCCCAGCCUCUUAUGAAAGCGAAGGAUGACCUGGUGGUGGCGGAGGUGGAGAUCAACGACGUUCCUCUCCCCUGCCGGAACCUGCUGACCCGCGGACAGACACAGGACGAGAUCAGCAAAGUGAGCGGUGCUGCUGUGUCCACCAGGGGGCGAUACAUGGCAGCAGUGGAGAAGUACAAGGCUCCACAAGGGGACCGACCCCUCUAUCUUCAUGUCCAGGGCCAGACCAGGGAGCUUGUCGACAGAGCUGUGAACCGCAUCAAGGAGAUCAUCACUAACGGAGUGGUGAAGGCUGCCACCUCCUCCUACAGCGGAACCGGAGCCACAGUCCCAGUCUACCAACAACACAAACCCCUGCCCCCCUCACUGCCCCCCAUCAACCACCAUCACAGACCACACUUCCAGUCUGGGAUGCACUAUGUGCAGGAAAAGUUGUUUGUGGGUCUGGAGCAUGCCAUCCAGGGCUUCUCAGUGAAGGAGAGGGUGGAAGGGCCAGGCAGCUCCUACCUGCAGCACAUCCAGGGUGAGACUGGGGCCAAGGUCUUCCUCAGGGGGAAGGGAUCAGGCUGUCUGGAGCCCGCCUCUGGUCGAGAGGCCUUCGAACCGAUGUACAUCUACAUCAGUCAUCCCAAACCAGAGGGCCUUGCUGCAGCGAAGACCCUGUGUGACAACCUUCUGCAGACUGUUCAUGCAGAGUAUUCUGUCUUCCUCAACCAGAUGAGUGUCAUGAUGCCUACUCCCGGUACAGACUCUGGCUGUCUUUCUCUUUUACAGCCUCUACAAUGUGUCAACGUACUGACGUGUUCCUCUUCCUCUCCUCCUCCAGGCUUUAUGCAGCCCCCAUGCUACCCCUCCCUGUACCUCCCCUCAGCCCAUUCCUCCCCCUAUGCUGUCCCCCUCCCAUUCCCCCUGGGCUGCCCGCCGGUCUCCCCCUCCCAACCGGUACACCCUCCCCCUGCACCUGUCACUUUACCACAGACUCUCCCACCUUCUCCUUUCCCACCAACUGCUCCGGUUCCGCCCAAAGCUCCGCCUCCUGUCGUCUCAGCCAAUCCGCCGCAGAAAAGACGCUUCACUGAGGAGGUGCCAGACGAGAGUGACAGCGGUCUGCUGGGAUACCAGCAUGGACCCAUUCAUAUGACUAAUUUAGGUGCAGGCUUCCCUGUGGGCAGCCCUGGCCCAGAGGCUUCAGGACCCCCGCCACCGAGUUCCUCCGGGCCACCGAGGGAGAGGGACAGCAGUAGGCAGCUGAUGCCUCCACCACCCAUUCCAAUGAACGGAGGCAUGACACCCAAGAUGGAGGAGAGGAGGCUGCUGCAAGGCCCCCUGGAUCCCUCAGUGAAGAGGAUGAAGACGGGGCUCGUGGCGUACGCUGGUGACUCCUCGGACGAAGAGGAGGACCACUCCACCCCCAAAACCUUGGGGGCAGGUAACCAUGGUAACGUCGCUGGGGCAACCCACUCCACCCCCACAUCAUCCUCGGGCUGGACUCUGGGGUACCGCUGCCCCCCUCCGCCUCCCCAACGUGCCAAAACACAGCAGGCACAGUCACAGCAGCCCAUGCCCUUCUGGAUGGCCCCAUAACACAGGAGUAUUAAACCUCAUACUUCCCUCCCCUGACACCUAGGGCCUUUUGGAGGGUCCCAAAAUGAAGAUUUUACACCCCAAACUGAGCCCCAGUCUUCCCUUGAACCAUCACUCCUACCUGCUCCUCCACUUGAUAUCAUUUAUUUUGUGAUGACUUAGAUUUCGUUAAAACAGUUUUGUCAUGCGCUCAGCAGUAAAGCAGUGUGUGUGUAAAACGGACUAAACAGACGGGCUGGCUGAUACAAAGAGAACAGACUCAAACAGCCAACCAGGAGACUGACGGACUGGAUACAUGGUGACAAGCAGCAAGAUGCCCCAGACUUCCACACAGAUUCAAGUGUACUCUGAACUCUGUAUAGGAGAGACAGCUGAGGAACAGACACACAUGGAGGGUAAUAGUGCCCUGUUUUUGGUUGAUUUGGAACGUGUCCACUCCUGGUUUUACUAGUGUAGAAAAGCACUGAGGUAGAAGAGAUUUCAAUGCAUUCUAAGUUAUUUCUUUGUCAAAAUAUAUUUCCCCCAUCCCCAUUUUCUUUCUUGGUCCAAAUCUUAAUCAAAUCUCUCUCUUCCUUGAGUACAGAUCAUAUAAAUAUGCUUGUUGGACUUUUAUAAAAUGCAAUUGACUCAAAUGUUCUAAUGCUUUUGUGGAAUAAAUGAGCAUUAUCUCUGUG